CGACUCAGACUCACUCCCGUCCCCCCUGCCUGCCUGCGCGCGCUCUCUGCCUCGUAGCGGCGACGACGCCCUCCUCCAGGUGGCCAGGCCAUCGUCGGAUCGUAUUCCUCGGCCCCUUCUCCGGUGAUGAGCACCCAGAAUAAAAGGCUCAAGGAUGUGGAGGUCAGUUUCCCAAUCGUCUACGGAACCAUUUCCUUCUGGCUCGGCAAAAAGGCCAGCGAGUAUAACUCUCACAAGUGGACUGUAUAUGUCCGCUCGGCAAACAAUGAGGAUCUGAGUGUCAUAGUCAAGCGCGCGGUGUUUCAGCUUCACCCGAGUUUCCAGAACCCGACGAGAGUCGUGGAGCAGCCGCCUUUCGAGCUGUCCGAGUCGGGGUGGGGAGAGUUUGAGAUAGCCAUAACCCUUUAUUUCCACAGCGAUGUCUGUGACAAGCGCUUGGAUCUGUUCCAUCAGCUUAAGCUGUAUCCAGAAGAGGAAGCUGGACCUCAAUCGACCAAAAAGCCUGUUGUCGUGGAAACGUACGAUGAGAUUGUCUUCCCCGAGCCUACAGAGGCCUUUUUCCUACGCGUGCAAAAUCAUCCAGCAGCUAACGUGCCCAGGCUUCCUCCUGGUAUAACCUUGCCUCCUCCAGGCCCUAUGGAAAUUGUUCCGUAUGAAAAGAAGCGAGGUGACACUAAGGAUCAUCCUUUGAGUCAGUGGUUCUCGAAUUUCUCUGAGGCUGACGAGCUUUUGAAACUAGCUGCAGCUCGGCAACAGGUUCAGGUUCACAUAGCCAAGCUGAGAAGGCAGUUAACCAUGAUAGAAGGAAUGCCCCAGCAAUCGAAAGCCUUUUCUGUCCCUGGACAGCAGUUUAGGCACAUCUAAUGUAGUGCACCUGGUUUGUAAGGAAGAUGUUGGAAUGGAACCUUUCAGCAACUGCUUGACAGAUUGGGUUCUGUGUAUUCGCAUUGCAGUCGCUGCCUUGGGCUUGCAAAUGACCUGUAUAUUCUAUGAAGUGUAGUACCGUUAGGCUCAUAAGAGAACACUACUAGCAUGACCUGUUCUUUUUAACUUUUUCUUAUAUCUCCAUUACCGUUCGUUUCCCUAUGAAAAUGGCAUGUCCUCGUUGUGGCUCUUCAGUAUUUUUUUCCUUGUAUAUGGUGGUGAUGGAUCUGCCAUAGCGAAAGAGAGUAAGGACAAACUAGGCUCACCUCCUAACCACACAUGGGGGCACGGGUUAACAGUAAGUAGCUGUGCUGAACUGUUGAUUAGUGCGACAUUAUGUGAUGAUCUUGUUUUUUGCACAAGCCUUAUGUAACCACACAUGAUGUCAUCUUCCAGUCAAUAUAUUGUUGAUCUC